AUGACGGACUCUAAUAAGCCGAGCGCGGAUGCUCAAGAGGCUGCUCCUUUGACGUCGGCUGUCUCCUCAUCAUUAUCAAUAGAAGCCGGCCCAUCUCGUCUGACGCCCCCUUCCGACCGCCAGGAUGACAAGAUAGACGGUGCAGGUGAAGAGGCCACAUCGGACCUGUCAAACGCACCUAAGGUCGGCUUCUCGAUCAAGUACCAGGGUACCUUGCUGUCGGCGCGACUAGCUGAAGAUGAGACAGUAGCCGACCUCAAGGCCAUCCUGUUCUCCAUGACCGACGUACCACCCGAAAGUCAGAAGCUGCUCGGCAUGGUCAAGGGCAAGCAGCCGAUCGAUGAGACCCAGCUCGGCUCGAUUCCAUACGCUCCUGCCGCUCUCAAAGCUCGACCUGCCUCCACAAGAGCGAAUAGCACCACCACCGAUACAGCUGUCGCUGCGGACCAAGCGUGCAAGAUCACAGUGCAAUUUACACUGCUCGGCACUCCAGAGGCGGGGCGAUUCAGGGACCAGACCAUCCCGAGUCUCUUGGCUGGCGACCAAGGAGAGGCAGACAAGGACCUCGACUACCUCGAGCUCCCCAAAGCUGAAGGGCCCAAGCUCAAGCCACACGAAGAUCCCAAGUAUCGCGCCAAGCUUGAAAAGACCAUCAGCCGCUUCUCCGACUUUCCCAUCAUCAACCCGCCCCGACCGGGCAAGAAGCUGCUCGUGCUCGAUCUCGACUACUGCAUCGCCGACACCAAACGCUUGCUUGAUCCUAACUCACCCGCUUCCCUAGCGGCUCGUCCUGGUCUACAUGAGAUGCUCAAAGCGGUCUACCCGUACUAUGACAUUUGCGUCUGGUCGCAGACAUCGUGGCGUUGGCUUGAGAUCAAGCUGGUGGAGCUCAACAUGCUCGGCAAUCCGGACUACAACAUCUCCUUUGUCAUUGACCGCACGCCCAUGUUCCGCGUUCAUUCCCAGGUGGGCACGCACGAGGUCAAGGCGCUCGAAUUCAUUUGGCGCAGGUGGCCCGACGUGUACGGCCCGCACAACACGAUCCACAUUGACGAUCUCAGCCGCAACUUUGCCAUGAACCCACGCAAUGGCCUCAAGAUCAAAGCUUACAGAGCGGCUCCGAACUUCGACACAGAAUUCGAGGCUCUUCGCCGGUAUCUGCUGCAGCUUGCUCAUCCAAGCGUGACCGACUUUACCAAGUACGAGCAUAUGCAUAACGCCUGGAAGCACUUUCAAGGUCCCUCGGUGUGA